UCAUUGUUCUUUCAUUUAUGACCAAUGUUUUUAGAACGGCUACGAAGACUCAGAUUAUUUUGGGACGCUGUGACAUCGCCCUAUUUAUGAUAUCGCUGCGUAACUAAGGACUCGAUCAAAGUAUAUUAUGUUGCCUCAAACGUUCCAACGUUCUAUGGAACAUAGACUAUUAUGGGUUUUCCAACACACAUUUAACCACUGUCUCACGUAGCCUGUUUUAGUUUUGCUAGGCUUGACCCUGAUUUAUCCUUGACGAAUGACCAUCUUAAAUAUCAGGGAACAAGACCAAUUGAAUGCACUCUUUAAGGCACAUUCAGUCUCGGGGCCCUCAGGCCAGAGUGGGGCAGCAAAGCACCUAUGGGGCUGACUACAAGCCCCCCAGUGAUCGGCACCUCAGGCUGUUCAGGCUGCAUGCAGAGCCGUCUUGCACCACACACCAGAAGUUGGCGGAUAUGUGGGCUCAGUACUACAGACAGUGUUUCCAGACCAUUACCAACGGCCCACAGAACCCCGCCUUUGCCUUCAGUCAGAAGGGGAGAACAGUGAGGGCAGCUAUGUUGGACAGUGAGAAUGUCAGUAAGAUCCAAGUAGAAAGGACAGCUCCUCCAGAGAAGGGGCAGAGCCAGAUACCACCACAGCGUUCGAGCUCCGACUCUGGGGAACGAAGGUCGGUCUCUCCCUCUCUCUCCUCAACCUCAGUCCAUAACUCCCUCCCGUCCCGCCCUGCAAGGAAAGAGGCAUGGACACAUGCAACAGGGGACCCGGCACUGGGGAUCACAACGACACCCAAGGACAUGGUGGAGCUGCCUCACAUCGGCAGUGGAGAAGGAAGUGAUGGGGAACUUCCUCUGCAGGUGGAGCGGUUAAGGGCGGAGCAGUUCCGUCGGGACAUGACCCACUCAUCUAGGCUGGAAGGCCAGAUCAACCAGCGCAUAGCCACCCAGUCUAACCUCAUGCACCUAGGUAGGUCCUAUAGAGACAUAACAAUAUAUUAAACACUGUUCUAUACCCAUAGCCACCCAGUCUAACCUCAUGCACCUAGGUAGGUCCUAUAGAGACAUAACAAUAUAUUAAACACUGUUCUAUACCCAUAGCCACCCAGUCUAACCUCAUGCACCUAGGUAGGUCCUAUAGAGACAUAACAAUAUAUUAAACACUGUUCUAUACCCAUAGCCACCCAGUCUAACCUCAUGCACCUAGGUAGGUCCUAUAGAGACAUAACAAUAUAUUAAACACUGUUCUAUACCCAUAGCCACCCAGUCUAACCUCAUGCACCUAGGUAGGUCCUAUAGAGACAUAACAAUAUAUUAAACACUGUUCUAUACCCAUAGCCACCCAGUCUAACCUCAU